AUGUAUAAUUCAAGCUAUUCAAAACAUGGCAACAUGGCAUGGAAGGCCAAGAAAAUGGCUAAAUCUGAGGGGAAGAGUUGUGGUUACUACAUGAAAAUAGUCUUCUUUUUUUCCUCUCUGAUCCAGUCUCUCAUCAUCGUCAGCCUGGUGCUGUUUCUGGUUUAUGGACAACCAGAGCACACAGCGGAGGAGAAAAGAGUACAGGAACUGGAGCAAAAUUAUGGAAGACUAACAAUGGAAAACCUCAAUCUUCGUGCAAAGCAAAAGAACCUCACCCAGCAACUGAAUGUUACUCUUACUGCGAAGAAGCUCGUCGAUAAAGACCUCAGUAUACUACGCAAACUGACCAACACUUCAACUGUUAGCAUUAAUUUCUUACAGUCCAAAUGGAAACAAUGUGAAAUGGAGAAAAAGACACAAAACACAAAUCCAAUCUGCCCCAAUGUCUUCUGCCCUCACGUCAGAGCCAGUGACUUCGCUUUUCAACAAACUGAAGAAAUGCUGAAAUUAGUCAGGGCAAACUUCUCAGAAAAAAUGUCUGUUAUGGGAAUGGAGUUGGAUAACGCCAAGAAAGAGAAGAUAAGGUAUCAAUUGGAAGCGAUUGACACCCGGCGUGACAAAGCCUUUCUUGAGGAGAGGAUUACCAUUUAUGAGAAAAUGUGUAAGGAAGAUUUUGUCCAGUCUUUACAAGGAAUCCCAGACGUGACUCGGGAAUUUCUCAAAAGAGUUGAUGAGCUGUUAAUGAAGCACGACUCUUUUCAACUAACAUGUGAAAAACAAAGUCGGCAACUCGAAGACAUCCGGGCAAACUGCAGCAGCCUGUCAACAGAAGUGGAAAACAAGCUUCAGGUAUAUCUGGACCGAGUGGGAAGUCAGGUUACGACUAUUGUGGGUGCAAAUGCCAAGUACAUAACAGAGAACAGACAGCUCAAAGAGGAUUCUACCUGGUGCAAAAGCAAUCGCAGUGCCAUGAUUGGGGAGAACCAAAAGGUUCUCAAGCAAGUCCAGCUUAAGCAUGACCAAGAUGUGGAGAAUCUUCUGCUGCAGGUUAGGAAACUAACUGGAAAUGAAAGACUUCAACGAGAUCUACUGUCACUCAAAGACACUGAAGUUAAAAUGCUUACUGAGAAUAUCAAGAACCUUAAUGUAUCAUUAACCAGUUGUAAGGCAUUGCAAAAAAGUCCAUUUGCACAAUUUCCCGGAGGUGCAGCCUCCUCGUACCAGUGGCCAAGCACUGGCACAUCAGGACUGGGUACUCUAGGUUCAAGUAGUACCGGUUUGGGCAGUAUGGGAUCAAGUGAGGCUGCAUAUGGUAGAACAGGGUUGACUGGAUCAAGUGGAACAGGGUUUGGCAGUACUGGAUCAAGUGGAACAGCCUACACCAGGACAGGUGCUGGUGGAGGAGGAACCAGGCACAAAUUAAUCAGCACUUGCGAGAGCUUCAACGGUAUGCAAAAGCAGACUAAAGCGGUGACCAAAGACCCAGCAAAAGACUAA